AUGACUUUCGAAGCUAUUCAACUGAUAUUCCGUGUCCAUUUCUUGACAAUACCAACAACGCAAAUUUCUGAAACAUUUAAAAAGAAAUUGGUUAAUUUCAAAAAUGAGAAAUUAUUACAUCUAACUUCAAAGUUAAAAAAAGAGCUAUUUCGUGAUGGUACUGUUUAUACUGGAUCGGCUGGCCUUGCUCUAACAUAUUUGAUAUUUUCAUUAAAUAAAAAUGACAUAUGCUAUGAUACAUUGCAGGAAGCACUUAAUUUUGUUGAUAUAAAUAAUUUAAAAGGACGUAGGUUAAGUUUUUUGUGUGGUGAUGCUGGUCCACUUGCAAUAGCAGCAGUUAUAUCCUACAAACUUGGUACUAAAAAGCCAGCCACUCUACCUGAAUACCAAGACCUAGUCCAAAGACUAAUAAAUUUAAGUACAUUGUUAAUUGAGUCACCAGAUGAACUUCUGUAUGGCAAAGUUGGUUACCUGUAUGCAUUACUUUUUGUGAAUAAAUAUAUAAGUGAAAAGAAAGGUGUACCUGGAAACCACAUUGAAAAUGUAAUAGCUUCCAUAAUAAAAUCUGGGAAACAGUUUUCACAACAAAUGAAAUGUGAAAGUCCCCUUUUGUGGCAAUGGCACGAUAAGAUCUACUUGGGUGCUGCUCAUGGAAUUUCUGGAAUUUUAUACAUUUUAUUACAGGCUCGUUCAUACAUUAACACUACUGAAAUAAGAAGCUUUAUAAAACCAACUCUGGAUUGGCUUCUUAACCAACGUUUUUCGAGUGGAAAUUUUCCGUCGUCACUAAAAAGUAGUUCUGGAGAUCGACUAGUGCAAUGGUGUCACGGAGCGCCGGGAUUUAUCUCUUUAUGCUUAUUAGCAUACCAGGUGUUUAAUGAAGAAAAGUAUCUGAACAUUGCUAUACAAGCUGGAGAAGUGGUGUGGGAACGAGGACUUUGCGCAAAGGGAUACAGCAUCUGUCACGGAGUGAGCGGAAAUGCUUACGCUUUUCUACAACUUUAUCAAGUAUCCAAAAAAGCUGAUUAUUUGUAUCGGGCGUGUUGCUUCAUGGAAUGGUGUGCGGUGGAGAGAUCAGGUACUGAAUUGCACCGACCUGACCGACCGGCUUCAUUAUUCGAAGGAUUGCUAGGACGCAUUUACUUAGCGGCCGAUAUUAUUAACCCCUUAGAAGCUAAAUUUCCCGCAUUUUGUUUGUAAUAUCGUUAUUAAACUAAUAUAAAUAAUCUAAACUGCAUUUACGAUAUUAUUAAAGUCGCUGAAUUUGUAAUAAAUAACACACAAUUGUGGUAUAUAUAUUUUAUGACUUAUUUUAGAAUAAUAUAAAAUCAUUAUAAAAAUUUGGUCAGUUCUAAUAUAUCUUCAAGGGAUGUUUACAUAAAUAAUAUACAUAUACUCAUAUUUUGUAAAUCAUUUA